GGUCCGGGGUGAGCUCAGCUCAGCUCAGCUCUCCUCACCGACUAACUGUAUCGAUGAAGUUGUUUCAAAGAUGGCGGACUUCCUGCCGUCCCGCUCCCUUUUAUCGCUAUGUUUUCCUAACUGUUUCCUCACGAGCGGGGAGGCAGAGCAGCUGCGGAAGUCCAAGGAGAUAGAUAAGUGUAUAAAUCGAGAUAAGACUUACGUUAAAAGGUUAGUAAAGAUUUUACUGCUCGGAGCGGGCGAGAGCGGCAAGUCCACUUUCCUCAAACAGAUGCGCAUUAUCCAUGGGGAGGACUUCGAUCAGAAGGCCAAAGAAGAGUUCAGAGCUACGAUUUAUAGUAAUGUUAUUAAAGGUAUCAGAGUGUUGGUGGAUGCGCGGGAAAAGCUUCACAUCCCGUGGGGCAACCCGUCCAACCAGCAGCACGGGGACACCAUGAUGGCGUUUGAUACCCGAUCUGCAAUGGCCCAUGGUCAUGGCAUGGUGCAGGCCAAAGUAUUCCAGCACUACCUGCCGUCUAUCCGGGCACUGUGGGCCGACCAAGGCAUCCAAGAUGCUUACGAUCGCCGCAGGGAAUUCCAGCUGGGCGAGUCAGUCAAGUAUUUCCUGGAUAAUUUAGAAAAGCUCGGACAAUCGGAGUACCUCCCCAGCCAACAGGACAUCCUACUGGCCAGAAAGCCCACUAAGGGUAUCCACGAGUACAACUUUGAGAUUAAGAACGUGCCCUUCAAAAUGGUGGACGUGGGCGGCCAGCGCUCUGAGAGGCGACGCUGGUUUGAAUGCUUUGAGUCCGUCACUUCAAUCCUCUUUCUUGUCUCUUCCUCUGAAUAUGAUCAGGUGCUGAUGGAGGACCGGCAGACAAACAGGCUGAGCGAGUCCCUCAACAUCUUCGAGACCAUCGUCAACAACCGGGUCUUCAGCAACGUCUCCAUCAUCCUGUUCCUCAACAAGACAGACCUGCUGGAGGAGAAGGUGAAGCAGGUAUCCAUUAAGGACUACUUCCCCGAGUUCUCGGGCGAACCCAGCAGCCUGGUCCACGUCCAGCGCUUCCUGGUGGAGUGCUUCCGCAAAAUGCGCCGCGACCAGCAGCAGAAGCCGCUCUACCACCACUUCACCACAGCCAUCAACACAGAGAACAUCCGGCUGGUGUUCCGCGACGUCAAGGACACCAUCCUGCACGACAACCUCAAGCAGCUGAUGCUGCAGUGAGGGAAUGGACCCAGAGCAGGAGCAGGAGCAGGAGGUGGAGGAGGUGGAGGAGGUGGAGGGUCUGGUUGAUGCAGACAGAACCGGGUGUCGGGGCCUUUGUGCCUCCAGUAUCCCUGCAUCCUCCCUGCAUCCUCCCUCCCUCCUUUCCUCCCCUCCUGCUCAUGUUUGAACUCAGACUGUGUAUCAAAGCCACCACUACUGCGGCCAUGCCCCCCCCCCCCCCCCACACCUGCUCCCUGCCUUACUGAGCUGGUUCACUGUGACUUCUACCAGCCAGCUGUGGCUGAGAGCUGCAGGCUUCCCCCCCACCCCCCCACUCUGAAAGAGACCUCCCUGUUGGCUCCAGUAUUAGCAUCCUGUGCUGCUCUGACCCCCGUUAGUCAGGAGGGGGUGUCGCCUUUCUCAGCAGAGCUUCCUCUGGUUUUCUCGUCUCUCCCUCUGAGAGCGCGCAGGUCCACAUAGGAAUUCCCUGGUAGUGUCUAAUCAUGUAGGUGUUGCUCUAAUCUCUGAACGUACCGUAUGUACCUAUGCAUUUGCCGCUGACUCGGGUUGUCUCAGCGUAGCGUGUAUGUAAGCGCUGAUGCUCUGUUCCAGCUGAGUGCUGCUGUCAUCCCCAGGCCAUAGUGCUCAUGCAGGGAUAACAGCUGCAGCGUAUUCUGCCUUCACUCAGGGCUCAUUAUGAACCACUUCUCUGUGAUCUGAGGUUAAUCAGAACCCCCAGGACCCGACCUGACACGCCUUCUCUGUCCAUGAGGAGACUUCCUGUCUCAGCCACAUUCAACCUGGAGCCCAUUUCCACAUCCUGAUCCCCUUCCCCCCCGCUGACAGCGGCAGAUCUGCUCCUGCGUGUCUUACCUGGACAGUGGACUCUCACCACGGCUUUGUUGUUCUCUUCUGAUGAGUUUUCAGGAGAAGCACCGAUCAGAGAUUUUCUGGCCUAAUCACAAACACAUAAAGGCUGAUCUCCUAUAGAAGCACAUACCAGUAACGGCACUGUACUUUUCUUUCGUAGAUGCAUUUAAUAAUCAACUCUUUUAACACAAUUUUUGUUCCCUCUUCCCUAACUAGCUAACUGGAGGAACAACUUGUGCGUUGAAGAGAGUUAGUGCGAGCGGUUCAUAAAUCUCAAGAGAAAUUCUAAACACCUUCUAGUGAAAUGAAGGUUUAUCCAGCUCUCUUUGGGGACAGUGACUAAUGUCUCCCCACCAGAUGUGGAGCAUUGACUCCACGUUCAUCCCACCUUUCCUGCUGUUUGUGUGUCCUCUGUCCAGAUAAGCCAGGAAUACUACCAGGAAAUCUAGCUCUUUGCUCCAUGUCUGUUCACUGCUCAGACCUCAGUCACGUGUUACAGGCUUUCCUGGAGUUUGUAGAGCUGCAGGCAAAGCCGUGGUCCAUCUGGGAAGACUGGGAAUGUUUGAGCAGUUAUGGAUCCUCUCUGGACUGAAAAGUUCCCCCCGUUGGGAUGGAAAGUUUGGUCCAGGUUGAACGUGGUCCCAUGCCAACCUCUGGCUUCCCCUCUCCAUCAGACCUUUAUGUUUUAAUUGUUAUUUUAACCACUAAAAGUGUUGUGUAUCAUAGUAUAAAUCAUGCUAUGGCCCAGUGAUUUUGCUGUCUCACAUCAUUUAAAUGUUCUGAAUGGUACCGGUACCUGACGUGCUCUCCUUCCACACACCCUGACUUCCAAAGGGAAGGGAGGACUGCUGCCUGUGUGUUCAUGCUGGAGCUCCCCCUGCUGGCCACCUCUGUUGUAUAAAAUGUACUUCCAGUCGGAGGUCUCAACACCUCUGUAAAUGUAGCCUGUGUUCCCUAACAGCCAGCAGAAGCUGCCCCAUGUGAACAGGACGUCACAGGCUGCACUGGUCCACCAGCUGCUCCUCAUCGUCUCUCCCCCAGCACAGCCAGCUUUUUCCAACCCAGAAUGUUGCCUUAAAACAAAUUCUGUGUGACUUCUCUCCUUUAGCAGCGGAAACAGAAGAGCUGUGAGUGGCGCAGAUCUUACCGUCUGUUUAAUAACCAGGGCAGACACCGGUAUCGGAUCACUGUAUUCUGGCUGAUUUCUG